UCAGAGCUCUUCAGCGCUUUAGACUACAAGCUGUGACCGUUGGGUGGAAGACUUGCACUCCUGUUAGCAACCCCUGGUUUUAAAUUCUUCAAGGACAGCUUUUUAAAUCUUGCCAGCCCAGCUGGCUGUGCGUGCGUGAGUAGAUAUGGACGGCUAAAGGUACUGUUUUAAGAGUUAACAGGAAAGGAAAAAAAAGCUUGGAACCGCCUCCGUUUAUUAUAAGGGACUCAGUUGCUGUUCCAGUGUUUAUCAGCAGCCCAGAUCAGAGUCUGCAGUGGUGAAGCUGGAAAGCAUCAGCUUAUCAGUGCUGGUCGCGUGGCUUCUUUGUGUACAGCAGCUGCUGUUGAAUGCAUGGGCAAAUACUGAGGCUCAGCACUGGGCAGUUAAACACAGACCCAAGGAACACAGGAAAUACAUGUAUCUUUUCUAAACAAGAGAUUUAAACCACUUUGUACACAAUCCCCAGGGUUACAUCUGUGCAUUACUUAUCCUCAAUUGAGUUAACACUUAAGUGGAUGUCAGAAAACCCCAUAAUAAUCAAAGUGGUUCAUUACUGAGGGUUGUUAUAUUUUAAAAAAAAUGGAUGUACGUUUCUAUCCAGCUGCUGCUGGCAACAAUAUUCCUGGCGACCCUUCCAACCUGGACCUUUCCCAAUGCCUGGGCUACUACAACUACAACAAGUUUGCAGGGAACAAUAAUUACAUGAAUAUGGCAGAUCCAAGCCAUGCGUUCUUGACCAGCAAUGAGACAUUCCACACUCCGAGCCUUGGGGAUGAAGAAUUGAGAUUCCCCAUAACUCCCCCACCAGAAACAGACCCCACCCUGGGACUUACAGACAUGGUGUCAGCUUUCCAAGGCCUUAAUGAUGCAUUGCCCUCACAAGAGAAUGAAUUCACACCUCACUUUCCCCCACAGAGCCUGGAUCUGCCUUCCAUCACAAUAUCCAGGAGUAUUAUGGACCAGGAUGGUGGAAUGCUCAGCAAUGGUUUGACUGUGGACCUGGGCCAGGCACAAGUUCCCCAGUAUCACCAUGAUCCAAACAUGGGGAUGAGGUCUGUUGUUCACAUGGCUGAUGUUAAUCAAGCAGGAAUAAUGCAACACAAUCAGCUGACCACCAUUAACCAAUCACAGCUGAGUGCCCAGUUGGGGUUGAAUCUAGGAGGGGGCAACGUGCCACAGAAUUCACCUUCACCCCCUGCUAGCAAGUCAGCCACCCCAUCUCCUUCCAGCUCCGUAAAUGAUGAUGAUGCUGAGGAAUUUAAUAGGGUUAGUGUAGAGAAACGAGCUGCAGUAGAUUCGGGUAAAAAACCCAAGACACCAAAGAAGAAGAAGAAGAAAGAUCCCAAUGAGCCUCAGAAGCCAGUGUCGGCUUAUGCUCUAUUCUUCAGGGAUACUCAAGCUGCCAUCAAAGGACAAAACCCCAAUGCCACUUUUGGAGAAGUUUCCAAAAUUGUAGCAUCAAUGUGGGACAGUCUAGGAGAGGAACAAAAACAGGUAUACAAGAGAAAAACAGAAGCUGCCAAAAAGGAAUAUCUGAAAGCUCUUGCUGCCUACCGAGCCAGCCUUGUUUCAAAGGCUGCUGCAGAAUCAGCGGAAGCACAGACCAUGCGUUCUGUGCAGCAGACUUUGGCGUCGACGAGUCUUUCAACUUCCCUUCUUAUGAAUUCAUCACUUUCGCAGCAUGCAUCUGUCUCAGUGUCAACCCAGUCCCUGCAACAGACACUGCCAAGGGCAAUUGCCCCCAAACCAAUGAGAUUGCCCCUGCAAGGCAAUCAGCUGGCAUCUGUUUCUAUCACAGCGAACAUGUCAACAAACAUUGCCACACCCAUAGGAACUUCUAUGGGCACCACUCUGGUCCCGACUUCACCUUCACCCCAGUUAAGCCCUCCACUGCAGUCUCAACAACACCAGAUGCAGCAGAUGCAACAGCAUCAAUUGCAACACUUCCAGCAGCAUCACAUGCAGCAGCAACUGCAUCAGCAAAUACAGCAUCAGCAUCAAAUACAACAACACCAAAUGCAGCAGCAGCAAAUGCACCAUCAAAUGCAGCAGCAGCAAAUUCAGCAGCACAUGCAGCAACAGUUGCACCAGCAGCAGAUCCAGCAGCAGUUACAGCAAAUGCAGCUACAGCACAUGCAGAAACAGCAAAUCCAGCAGCUGCAACAGCAACACCCACCUCAGCACUCACCACCUCAGCAUUCCCCUGUUGCAUCGCAACCAGUGGUGGCCUCACAGAUCACUUCUCCUCUUCCCACAAGGUCAAGUCCACAACCAGUCCAGCAACAACAGCAAUCUCCACUACAAACCCAGGCCCAGACCCAAGUAUUGCCACAGGUCAGUAAGUAUUAA